AGCGUGCGUCAAUCCAUGGUGUCGUUCGUGAGCGCGUUGCUUUAUGGAGUUGGCGGAAUCGUGGUGGCCGGCAUGGCAUUGCUCGUGGCUUUCCAGGAGAAGCUCGUCUACGUACCCGUGCUGCCUGGUCUCACUAAGUCCUACCCCAUCACCCCUGCCCGUCUCCGCCUCUUAUACGAGGAUGUCUGGCUCACUUCAUCUGAUGGCGUCCGUCUCCACGCUUGGUUCAUCAAGCUCUCCGCCGAUUGUAAAGGUCCAACUAUUCUCUUUUUCCAGGAAAAUGCUGGCAAUAUUGCUCACCGCCUUGAAAUGGUUCGGAUUAUGUUACAGCGAUUGCAAUGCAAUGUUUUCAUGCUUUCAUACAGAGGUUAUGGAGCUAGUGAUGGGUUCCCUUCACAACAAGGUAUCACUAAGGAUGCUCAGGCUGCUUUGAACCAUCUGGUUCAAAGAGUAGAUAUUGACACUUCCAGAAUUGUUGUCUUUGGAAGGUCUCUUGGGGGAGCUGUUGGAACUGUGCUAGUUAGAAACAAUCCAGACAAGGUAGCUGCACUGAUACUAGAAAAUACUUUCACAUCCAUUUUGGACAUGGCUGGAGUUCUCUUACCAUUUCUGAAGUGGUUUAUUGGAAAAGGUGGCUCCAAGGGUCCUAAAGUUCUUAAUUUUCUUGUUCGUUCUCCCUGGAGCACUGUUGAUGUUAUUGGAGAGGUCAAACAACCAAUCCUCCUCCUUUCUGGACUACAAGAUGAAAUGGUUCCCCCAGCUCACAUGGAGAUGCUAUAUGCUAAAGCAGCUGCCCGGAAUCAGCAGUGUUCAUUUGUAGAAUUCCCUACGGGAAUGCACAUGGACACAUGGUUGGCUGGUGGUGAUCGGUAUUGGAGAACAAUUCAGGAGUUCUUGGAAAAAACAGUGCCAGAAAAGGAUAGUGGCUCCUCUAAAGUGGAUUAAUGCGAGGUUUUAUGCCGGGAUGUGGAGUUACAUUAAGCAUAAGCACUGUGGUUGAAGAUGGCUGCCACUAUUGGCGAGACACAAAUUUUGCAAACAGUUCGGACGCUUUUUGGUGUAUAUGAGAUGAACGUGGUAUAGUGCACCAUUUCCUAAUAAGAAUAAUUGUACUUGUAUGAGCAAGGAAUUGGAGAAAAUAUUCUGAUUUUACUAAUUGGAAUUGGUGAACUGCUAUUGUCGACUUGUUUGGACCUAAUCGUAGUGCAUGAAUGUAUUCAUUUGUUCAGAAUAAAAAACUUAAAAUCGGUGUUUGUUGUAUUACUAUUAUCUUUGGAGCAUUUGUUAUUGUGUAAAUAAAUUGCGUUAUGGUUUUAUUAA